AUGGUUACUUCUACAGCUGCAAAUGAAAAGGAGAAUAUCGAGGAACCAAAGGCCAAGAAGCCCCUAAAGGAGGAGAAAAAGGAUGAGAUGACCGAAGAAGACAAGAAACUUGAGGAAGAUUUGGGUAUGCUCAUGCAACGGCUGAGUGAGAAAGACGAGUCGCUGUGGAAACCAUCACUCGAUGCGAUGCGGAACCUUAUUCGUGCCUCAACAACAUCGAUGACAUCCGUUCCAAAACCACUAAAGUUUAUGCGACCCCAUUACGCCAAAAUGAAGGAGCUUCAUGGUGCAAUGCCGGAAGGACCAGUAAAGAAAGAAUGCGCCGACUUGAUAUCCGUGCUUGGUAUGACAUCAGACGAAAAGAGCGACUGCAUUAAAUAUCGCCUGUUUGGAUCACAAGAGCCGAUCGGUUUUGGGUAUGUGCGUCAUUUGGCAAUGGAGCUCUCGGAUUAUUGGAAGUCAUCUGGUGUCGAUACGGAAGAAGCCAAGAAAAGGCGUGUAGAGCUCGAAAAGCUGGCUCACGAAAUCGUGAAGCACCAUAUGAAGCACAACGCAGAGGUCGAGGCUUGUGAUCUUCUCAUCGAAGUUGAGCGCCUCGAUAUGCUCGUGGAAUUCGUUGAGGAAGUGGAUCAUCAACGAGUUUGUCACUACCUCAUCAGUUGCUCGCCUUUGACGCCGGAUCCGGAUAACUCUACGUUGAUUCAAACGGCGAAGACUCUUUACCUGAAAUUCGGAAAGCCUUUGGAAGCGGUGCGAUGUGCAGUGAUGCUCAAUGAUCCAGAGGAAAUCAAACGAAUCGUCGCUUUGACAAAUGACCCAACCUUGAGGCUUCAAAUGGCUAUUAUUCUUGGGCGCCAUCAAAUCUUUUUGGACUUUGAGAAAAUUGAAAGCGGAAACCAACUUGCCGACAUGAAUUCAAACUCGCAUCUCUUCGAAUAUUUUCACUCAUUGGCUCGUGAAUUGGAUAUUAUGGAGCCUAAGACGCCGGAAGGAAUCUACAAAAGUCACCUUGAGCACACUCGUCCAUUUGGCGGAACUUCAACUCAUGAUUCGACUCGAAUGAACAUUGCAGCUGCCUUUGUCAAUGGUUUUGUGAAUUGCGGAUUUGGAGUGGAUAAGAUGAUGGCUGACCAAGAUGAAGCAAGUCGCUGGUUUUACAAAAACAAGGAAUACGGUAUGCUUUCUGCCGCCGCUUCACAAGGUUUAGUUUGGCGAUGGGACAUCGACGCCGGUUUAACUCAAUGUGAUCGUUUCCUUUAUGUCAAUGAAGAUUACAUCAAGUCUGGAACAUUGCUAGCUAUCGGAAUCAUUUCGUCGGGUGUGCAAGACGCGUGUGAUCCAGCCUCCGCGCUUUUGCUUGAUCACAUUCACUCGGACCGGUCUGUAAUGCGAGUUGGAUCAAUUUUGGGACUUGGACUUGCUUAUGCAAACUCAAAGAGAGAAACUGUGGUCAAGAAUGAAGACGGGGGAAUCAUUGUCGAGCUUAAAAAAGUAUUAUCUGACAACAAGCCUUCUGCCACUACCGAGGUCAAGGGAUUGGCCGGUUUAUCUUUGGGAAUGAUUAUGGUCGGAACUGCCGAUCAUGCUACUGCCGCUGAAAUGUUACAAUAUCUAAUGGAGAAGAGUGAUGAUUUGUCGGACCAUAAUAUGAGAAUGGUUGCUCUGGGAAUCGCCUUGAUUUUCUUGGGAACACAAGAGAAAAGUGAAGUUUUUGUUGAAAGCGUUCGCGCGUUGCCAGAACCUUUUGGAUCUAUGGUCGCUACUUUGGUCGAUGUUUGUGCCUACGCAGGAUCCGGAAACGUUUUGAAGAUUCAACAACUUCUUCACAUAUGCUCGGAACAUUAUGAAACGCCUACCGAUUCGAAGAACAAAUCCAAGAAAGGCUCCGCCCCUCCAGGCGGCUCUACUCGCACCGAACGACCAACAAACAAUUUAGCUGCUAGCUUGGCAGGACAAACGCCGAAUCCAUCCGGAGGACCAACACCCCCUCGUGUGCAAAUUCCAACAUCUCCCGUCUCUACACCAUCAGUUGGUGGUGUCCCUUUGCUUGCUUCUGCACUUCCUGACGGGCUUGGUGGUCUUGGGAUUACUGACCAAAAGAAAGAUGAUAAGAAAAAGGAGGAAACUCGUGCGGAUUUGUCUUCGCAGCAAGCGGUUGCGGUGCUUGGAAUUGCUAUUAUUGCCAUGGGUGAAGAAGUUGGUACCCAAAUGGCGCUUCGGAUGUUUUCGCAUUUGUUUAGGUAUGGAGAACCAGUGAUUCGUCGAGCUGUACCUUUAGCUCUUGGAUUGAUCUCGGUUUCAAAUCCCCAGUUGACCAUUUUGGAAACACUUGGCAAAUUCAGUCACGACUCGGAUUCCGAAACGGCCCAUAACGCCAUUUUUGCUAUGGGUCUUAUUGGUGCUGGUACAAACAACGCUCGACUUGUCACGAUGCUUCGCCAGCUUGCUAGCUUCCACAACAAAGAUCCAUACUCGCUCAUGCUUGUUCGCCUUGCGCAAGGCUUAACACAUCUUGGCAAAGGGACGUUGACGUUGAAUCCAUGGCACUCGGAUCGGCAGCUUCUCUGUCCAUCGGCGGUGGCUGCUCUUUUCUCAACAUGCUUUUUCUUCCUUGAUGCCAACAACACCGUGCUCUCCAAUCGCCAGCAUUACCUUUUGUAUGUGUUGGUUUCGGCCAUGCAGCCACGUAUGUUGGUAACGUUGAUGGAAGAUGAGAAGAGGCCCGGGCACCUCAAGCAAAUUCCAGUGACCGUGAGGGUGGGACAGGCUGUGGAUGUUGUUGCACAAGCAGGCAAACCAAAGACAAUUACGGGCUUCCAAACGCACACGACACCCGUUUUGCUUGCAUUCGGAGAACGAGCUGAACUUGCAAAUGAAGAAUACAUUUCCUACACUCCUCAUCUCGAGGGUUUGGUCAUCCUUCGAAAGAAUCCAGAGUACGAAGCCAUGCAGCAAGCAACCUCCAAGAAA